GAGAGGAAGAGAACAACAACUGCAUCUAUUUUAUUAUUAUAACAAUUCUGAGAAUGGCCACCACUAAGACUACACUCUUGCUUGCUGUCCUUUGUCUUUUCCUAUUAUCCGAGAUUGGAAUGUUCAUGGUUGAUGCCCAAGUCCAAAGGCCAGAUUGCCAGCCAAAGUGUGCAUCGAGGUGCAGCAAGUCAUGGAAGCCGAAGAUGUGCCUAAAAACAUGCACUGCGUGCUGCAACACUUGCGAGGGGUGUGUGCCUGCAGGCCCCACUGCUAACAAGGAAGUGUGCCCUUGCUAUGCCAAAUACAAGAAGGGCAGGUGCCCUUAGAACACACCUCUCUUCCUUUUCUUUCGUGGACUCCCAUAUGAUCAUCCCUUGUACAAACAAUUUGUCAUUAACUCUAUUCAUCUUCCUUCCUCUCAAUAAAAAAAUGCAAGUUUAAGCUUGCUUAUUUACUUCUCUGCCUUUUUUUAUCUUGUCAAAUCUCAAUUAAUUUUAACCUUUCC